AUGUCUUCAUACAAAGCUGGGGACUCGAAGCGUGAAGAGUUCAGAAAAUAUUUAGAGAAAGCUGGUGUUUUGGACUCGCUGACAAGAGUACUUGUCGGUCUUUAUGAGGAACCGUCAAAACCGGACAACGCGCUAGAGUUUAUCAAGAAACACCUCCAGGCGGACGGACCGGAUCCAGCAGAAUUUGAAGCAAUGCGUGUCGAACUGGCAGAGCUGCGGCAAAAGGUGGAACAGCUUGAAGCAGAGAAUGCUCAGCUGAAACGAAAUUCCACAUCUAGGAAUCACAGUCCGGUGGUUGCCUCAGGUUCCAGUCCGGAGGAAGCGAAUACGGGAGCAUGA